GUUUGAAAAGGCAGCGAACAAAGAAAACCGUAUGAGCGCCACCUCCACCUUAAUUCCAUCCCUUUCCCAAUCCCUCUCUUCUCUUCUAUCUUCAUAUCGCAACAUAACAUGCAGGAAUAGCAGAUACAAAUGCUAUUCAAUUCCAGUCUUCUUUGUUAAUUUCCAAAUCAUCAAAAAGAAAACCCAAAUCUUGUGAUCAAUUUCAUGCAACCCACUCCGCACUCUCCAGAUCCCUUCUUCUAAAUACAAGAACACAUACAUCUAUACGUACACAAUUGCUUCUUUUUGUUGAUGUUCAUCUAAGAUACCCAAAGGACGAAGUGAGAGAUGGUUGCUUUUGGGAAAAAGUUAAAAGACAGACAAAUCGAAGAAUGGCAAGGAUACUACAUCAAUUACAAACUUAUGAAGAAAAAAGUUAAACAAUAUGCUCGACAGAUUGAAACCGGAGGUAUUGAACGUAGAUACGUUCUCAAAGACUUCUCAAGAAUGCUCGAUAUCCAGAUUGAAAAAGUUGUUCUCUUUUUACUGGAACAACAAGGGAUUCUUUCUAGCAGGAUAGCCAAGUUUGGAGAACAACAAGAAACUCUUCAAAUCGAGCUUGAUUUAGUCAAAAUAGCUGCUUUGAGAGAAGGUUAUAGAGACAUUGGAAGAGAUCUACUAAAGCUUCUGUUUUUCGUUGAGAUAAAUGCAAUUGGACUUCGUAAGAUCCUUAAAAAGUUCGAUAAACGUUUAGGCUACGGAUUUACUGAUUACUAUGUUAAAACACGAGCGAAUCAUCCUUAUUCCCAGCUUCAACAAGUCUUCAAGCAUGUGGGUUUAGGGGCUGUGGUAGGGGCCAUAUCUCGAAAUCUAGCAGAACUUGAAGAUCGUCAGGGGAGUUACUUAUCGAUUUAUGAUCAACCUACUCGCCCUCUUCAGGAUCCUGUAAUCGACGCAAUAAGAGCAGCUGUAGACAGAUUAUCUUACUCGACAAAUUUUCUUACUUUUCUGGGGCAACAUGCUCUUAUCAUGCACGAAGAACUACCAAUGCCUACAGAGGAAAACCCCGAUGAUGAAAGAUACAAUUUCAUGUCACUUUUCAUGAAUUUGGUGAAUACAUUUCUUUAUAUGGUGAAUACGUAUAUCAUCGUCCCAACAGCAGAUGACUACUCCAUGAGCCUAGGAGCUGCAGCAACUGUUUGUGGGGUUGUGAUCGGUGCCAUGGCUGUUGCUCAAAUCUUUUCUUCAAUCUAUUUUAGCGCCUGGUCAAACAAAUCGUAUUUCAAACCUUUAGUCUUUAGCAGCAUCCUUCUUUUUAUAGGAAAUGUAAUGUAUGCAUUGGCUUAUGAUUUCAACUCCAUAUCAGUGCUUCUACUCGGUCGUUUGUUUUGUGGUCUUGGGUCUGCUAGAGCAGUGAACCGAAGGUACAUCAGUGAUUGUGUCCCACUCAAGAUCCGAAUGCAGGCUUCAGCAGGUUUCGUUAGUGCGAGUGCUCUUGGAAUGGCUUGUGGGCCCGCUCUUGCGGGUUUACUACAAGUGAAAUUCAAGAUUUAUAUGAUUCAUAUUAACCAAAAUACGUUACCUGGUUGGGUUAUGGCUGUUGCAUGGCUUUUUUAUCUUAUAUGGCUUUCGAUUUCAUUUCGAGAACCUGAUCGUCUUUCCCACAAGGAUCUUGUCCAUGAUUAUGACACACGUCAAGUGGGGAGUGAUGCCCUUGAGAAAGGUGCAACACAGCCACUAUUAAGCUCAGAGGCACACCAAGAUGGUGAAGAUGAUGAUCAAGAAUGUGACGUCAGUGAGGAACUAUUGGAAGACUCACAUGCACCCGUUAGUUCCUUAAAGGCAGCAUAUAAGUUACUCACACCUUCUGUAAAGGUCCAGUUGCUGAUAUAUUUUAUGCUAAAGUACGCAAUGGAGAUCUUGUUGGCAGAAUCUAGUGUCAUAACUUCAUACUACUUUCACUGGACUACUGGUAAAGUUUCAAUAUUUCUUGUGUGCCUCGGCCUAACUGUUCUUCCUGUAAAUAUUAUCAUCGGACGCAAUAUCAGCAACAUUUUUGAAGACAGACAAAUAUUACUAGCAUCCGAAAUCAUGGUGUUUUUGGGGAUUCUCGCAAGUUUUAACGUAAUAAUUCCUUACACCGUGACUCAGUAUGUCUUGUCAGGACUCGUGAUGUUUGUUUCUGCCGAAGUUUUGGAAGGUGUGAAUCUAUCGCUUCUUUCUCGUGUGAUGUCAUCAAGGCUAUCCCGUGGGACUUAUAAUGGUGGAUUAUUGUCGACUGAAGCUGGAACAAUCGCGCGAGUGAUUGCAGAUGCUACAAUAACAUUAGGAGGGUAUGCGGGGGAGAGUAGACUCUUGAAUGUCACUUUACUACCUUCUCUUGCAAUCUGCAUAUUGACGAUUAUUUGCACGUGUUUGACUUACAAUUCACAAUACUGAUUGAUAUCUAUAUAUUAUCUUGAUGUAUUGGAGUUUGAAUCAUACACGUAAGAGG